AUGGGUAAAAGAAAAAUUUCUAAUGUUUGGACUUUUUUUACCAGAAGUACAGAUAGAACACUUGCAAAAUGUUGCAAAUGUAAAAAAGAGUACAGAAACAGUGGCAAUACCAGUAAUCUCAAAGACCAUCUUAAGAGAAUGCACCCAAAAAUACAAUCUACUAUAGUUGAGUCAGAUGAUGAAGAUACUCAAAGUAGUCAUUCAAUAUCCACAUAUUUUAAAAAACAAAAUGUUUAUGACCGUGACAGCAACCGUAAAAAGGAAAUAGAUAAGGCGUUGAUUUUAAUGGUUUGUAAAGACUUCCAACCUUUUUCUAUUGUUGAAGACACAGGAUUCCAAAAUCUAGUUAAAAUACUUGAUCCAAGGUAUGUAUUACCAAGUAGGCCAACGUUAAGAGACUCUCUAUUAAAGCAAAAUUAUGAAAUAUGUAAAGAAAAAUUAUUUGCUCUACUUCAAAAUGUUUGUCAUGUUAGUUUGACAUGCGAUUUAUGGUCUUCCAGAGCAAAUGAAAGUUUUUUAACAGUUACUUGUCAUUUUAUUGAUAAAGACUAUAAAAUGCAUUGUACAGUUUUGUCCACUAACAAAAUGGACAUUAAUUAUACAAGUGAGAAUAUUGCAACAGAAAUAAACCUAAUAAUAAAAGAUUGGGAUAUUGUUAGUAAAGUUGUUACAAUAGUAACAGACAACGCAUCUUCAAUGAUUAAAGCUUGUCAAAUACUAAAAAUACGCCACCUUCCUUGUUUUGCUCACACACUAAAUUUGGUCGUCCAAGAUUCAUUAAAACUUAAAGAAGUUGAUCAUGUUAUAAAAAAAUGUAAAAGUUUGGUGACUUAUUUUAAAAGCAGUAACAUAGCAACACAUAAGCUAAUAACUGAGCAAGAAAAUCAAAACAAAAAGCCUCUAAAAGUUAUUCAGGAAGUUCCUACAAUGUGGAACAGCAUGUAUCAUAUGAUAAAAAGAAUACUAGAACUGAAGAAUGAUAUAACAAUUGUAUUAUUAAGAAUGCCUAAUGCACCUACAGUUUUAAAUUUAGAAGACAGUUUGGUUCUACAAGAUUUAAUUGAAAUAUUGAGUUGUUUUGAUGAUGCAACCAAAAAAGUAUCAGGUAAUUAUGUUACCAUUUCAUUGAUUAUACCUUUAGUAUAUGGUAUUUAUAAUCAUCUUAUUAAUCUACAACCAAGUACUUCAGAAGGAAAGAGUAUACUACAAAAGACAGUUGAAAGUGUUACAACAAGAUUAUUUAAUUAUGAGGAACAGACAAGAAUAGCUGAAAAAAGUAAAAACAGGACAGUGACUGCCAAUUCAAUAAUUUAUUUAAAAGAAUACAUGGAACGUCCUAAUACAAAUAAUGAUAUGGAUUCUUUAAUAUUCUGGAAUAUUAAUAAUGAUAGUCUUGGGACUAUUCCUACUUGUGCUAAAAAAAUCUUAUGUGUUCCUGCCACUUCAGUCCCAUCUGAAAGGAUAUUCAGUAAGGCUGGUAUAGUUGUUUCAGACAGGCGGUCUAGAUUAAAAGCUAAAAAUUUAAAUAUGUUGAUAUUUAUAAAUCAAAAUGAUUGGUUAUUAUAA